AUGCCUUUGCAAAGUGAUGCCUAUAGUAAUGAUCCUACCUCUCUACUAAUCCGUCAAUCUUCCAACACUUCUCUCUUCAGUAAUAGCUCUUAUGUGGAUAAUUUACAUUCAUCAUACAAAUCCACCACUCAACUGGAUGUGAUGUCAUUAAACCCACCGGUUAAGAAUACCUCAUCGUUCUUAUCUACACCGCGUACUUCACCGUUUAGUAUAAGAAAAUCCUAUACGGAUCUUUAUUUUACAACAUCUAGUAAUAAGGAGAAUACUAAACCAUGUGCUACGUCAUCAGAGUUGUGUUCAAGGGAUAAAAGUCCCUAUAAAGUGCGUAAACGCUGUGAUAAAUGUAAAAGCGCUAAAAGUGAAAUCGGAAUAUUUUAUGAUCGCAUUGAUCGGGCAAUUUCUUUUAGAAAUAUAGAAAAAUUUAGAAAUUUAAGAAAACUCACCUAUCAACGUCUCAUUUUAGAUGAUGACCAACUGAAAGUUUUGUGUGUAAAUUGUAAAAAAUUACAGAGAUUACAUUUACUAGACUGUUAUAAUAAAAACUUGAAGACACUUAUUCCUGGCAAGGAUUUAAAUUUGAAUUAUAUUUUCGAAAUGAAACAAUUGGAGGAAAUUAUGAUAUACACAACGGAUCCAGCUAAUCAGGCAGUAUUAAAAUCUUCUCAUCUACCAGAUAUGUUUGUCAAUUUAAAGCUGAAGAAAUUGAUUUUGAAAAAUUUUGUCAUUAAUUAUAAUUAUACUGAAACCGUGAAAAGUACAUGCACUACGUUGGAAGUUCUUAAUAUGGGCAUUAUAUCUAAAGAAAUCUGGCCCAGUUUUAUGUAUUAUUUGUAUCAUUUUGAAAAUCUCAAAGAGCUUUUUAUCAAUGUUAGCAACUGCAAUACUUGCUUUGAUAUUCAAAUCGUUGAUAUUUUGGCGGCCAACUGCAGAAAAAUUGAAAAAUUGUCACUAGAAAAUUGUGAUUUGGAUGUUGAGGAUUUUAGUGUUCUAAUAAGUCUUAAACAUUUAUCAUUGACUUCUUGUGGUGGUUUAACAUAUAGAAAUUUUCAACAAAUAUUACAAGAUUUACAGUUAAAAUCAUUUGCCCUGAUUAAAACACGUAUUUAUGGCAGAAUGACUUCUUAUUAUGGUUCAGCUACUUUGGAGAAAAUCACUAUUGAUACCAUAUACUCUACAAAAAUAUCGGAAGCUUUUCAGAAGGCUCGUAAUAAUUUUGAAAAUUUACACACUCUAGAGUGGUUUAACGGUAGUACAAAUGGCAAUUGGCUGACUAAUAAAUGUCCCAAAUUGAAAUGUUUACACAUACCCAAUCCUUAUUCAGUGAAAAGGUUUGUUUUUACCAUGCAAUCGCUCAGAGAUUUAACAUUUACUUACAGCAAGAGUAAUAUGUUUUACUAUAUUUUUGCUUUGAUUCAUUAUAUGAAACUGGAACGUUUGUCCUUGGUGACAAACGAACUGAUAGAUGAAAGAAAAAUGUUAAGACUUUAUGCCUGCAGUAAAAAAACCACCUUGCGCCUGAUAAUUAUACCAUGUAUAAUAUUUAAAAUGUCCCAAUCAUUUUGGCUUGAUCUAAUAUAUAGCAAUGAGGAUUUACAUAUUACGAUGUAUGGCAAACAUGAGGAAUUACUGGAUGACUUUUUUCUGCGUGAAUUGAUUAGUUCUGAGAAAUUCUGUAGAAGAGUGAAGUCUUUAAAGAUUUGCGGUUUUAUAUGGGGUAAUGUAUUGAUAAAUAUUUAA